CAGGGGGAAACGAUAAUGAGGGCCAGCCUCGGGACGUCCAGAUCCAUGCCCAUCCAUACCGACCGCCCCACCCGUUCGAUUUUCAAGUGGCCAUCCAUCAUCAUUACCACUCAGUCCAACCGAACGGUGGGUGGGCUAAAAUCUUCCUGGCGGGGUGGGUUGAAAUUUUCGUUCGACCAUCUGGCCCGCUGCCCUUCCUUUUCCGCUGGGAACUUUUCAGAGAAAGAUCGCCUAGCCUGUUGCAAGAUGCCGCGUGAGAUCAAGGAGAUCAAGGACUUCCUUCUCAAGGCCCGCAGGAAGGAUGCCAAGUCCGUCAAGAUCAAGAAGAACGCCGAGAACGUCAAAUUCAAGGUUCGAUGCUCGCGUUUCCUCUACACCUUAGUGAUCACGGACAAGGAGAAGGCCGAGAAGCUGAAACAGUCCUUGCCCCCAGGCCUGCAAGUCAAGGAGCUCAAGUAGACGACCAACGAUAACUCUGGGUUUCCUGUGUGAUCGAUUUCAUCUCGCUGAUGCCGCAUCAUUGUUAUCAAUUUCAAAACCAUCUCGAAAUGAGUCGAAUAAAAUCUCUGACUUGACUUCA